AUGGCCGCUCAAGUUGCAAAUGGCGGUACCGGUGGCGGUAACACUGCCUUCAAGGACAAGGAGAAGCCCAGAGCUGUUCGCAGCGCUAACAUCAUUGCCGCAAGAGCUGUGGCAGAUGCGAUCCGAACUUCCUUGGGACCAAAGGGCAUGGACAAGAUGAUCCAAACCAGCAAAGGCCAGACCAUCAUCACAAACGACGGAGCCACCAUGUUGAACCAGAUGAGCGUUAUGCAUCCCUCCGCGAAGAUGCUCGUCGACCUCGCACACGCCCAAGAUAUCGAAGCUGGAGAUGGUACAACGUCGGUCGUAGUCAUUGCUGGAAGUCUGUUGGGCGCUGCUGAGAGGUUAUUGGGCAAGGGCAUCCACCCCACAGUCAUAUCAGAGGCUUUCCAACGGGCAGCGCAGGAGGCGAUAUCGAUAUUGACCGAGAUGGCCAUCCCCAUCUCGCUCACGGAUAGGCAAACGCUCCUCAAGACCGCCACGACCGCACUCUCUUCCAAGAUCGUCGCUCAGGAGCCCAAGCUACCCAUCAUGGCUGUAGAUUCAGUCCUCAAGGUCAUCGACCCCAAGACCGCCGACAAUGUGGACUUGAAGAACAUCCGCAUGAUCAAGAAGUCAGGCGGUACCAUCGAAGACAGCGAGAUGAUCGACGGACUGGUUCUCAACCAGCCCGUAGUCAAGAGCGCCGGUGGUCCCACAUUGAAGGAGAAGGCACGGAUAGGUCUCAUUCAGUUCCAGUUGAGCCCACCGAAGCCGGACAUGGAAAACCAGAUUGUCGUCAACGACUACAGGCAAAUGGACAAGAUCCUCAAGGAGGAGCGAACAUACCUGCUGAACAUGGUCAAGAAGAUUCAGAAAGCCAAGUGCAACGUUCUCUUCAUCCAAAAGUCUAUCCUCCGAGACGCAGUCAACGACCUCAGUCUGCACUUCUUGUCUAAGCUGAAGAUCCUGGUCAUCAAGGACAUUGAGCGUGACGAGAUUGAGUUCAUUUGCAAGAGCACUGGCUGCAAGCCUAUUGCCGAUAUCGACUCAUUCACAGAAGACAAACUUGGUUCGGCAGACCUUGUCGAGGAGGUACAGGCAUCAGGCGCACGAUACGUCAAGGUUUCGGGUGUCAAGUCAGCAGCCAACACUGUCUCCAUCGUCUGCCGCGGUGCUAACAACCUCAUUCUGGAUGAGACCGAGAGAUCUCUACACGACGCUCACUGCGCCAUCCGCUCGUUGGUCAAGAAGAAGGCGCUACUUGCUGGUGGCGGUGCCCCGGAGAUUGAGAUUGCGCAUCAGCUGUCACUCAAGGCUCGUGAGCUCUCCGGCACUGAAUCCAUUUGCUGGAAAGCUUUCGCCGAUGCCAUGGAGGUCAUUCCGACAACAUUGGCGGAAAACGCCGGUCUGAACAGCAUCAAGGUCGUCACAGAGCUAAGGCAUAGGCAUGCACAGGAGCAGAAGAAUGCUGGUAUCAGCAUCAAGAGCGGGGGUGUCAAGAACGACAUCAGCGAGGAGAACGUACUGCAGCCACUGCUGGUCAGCACCAGCGCUAUCGAGCUUGCAGCCGAGACCGUCAAGAUGAUUCUGCGAAUUGACGACAUCGCCUUGUCGAGGUAA